AUGUCCAGGGAGCCAUCAUCGUCGCUGAGUAAUACUGGUAGUGCCACUGCCACUGGUUGUGAUACUAGUCGACAAGCAAAGGGUUCCAAAUUGGAGAAGAAGCAAUCCAUCAAGCAGAAAUAUGGUUUCAUCCCUGAUAAUUUUUCUUCCUUAGAACAGUAUUGCCAUAUCAGCGAUCAAAAGGUUACAAAAGCGUUGAGGGAAGCUGGCCUGGAGUCAUCAAAUCUCAUUGUUGGAAUCGAUUUCACUAAAAGCAAUGAAUGGACAGGCAGAGUCUCAUUCAAAAAUCGUUGCCUUCAUGCCAUCGGAGACACACCUAAUCCAUAUGAGAAAGCCAUCUCUAUUAUUGGAAAGACUUUGGCUCCCUUUGACGAAGACAACUUAAUUCCUUGUUUUGGCUUUGGUGAUGCCACCACUCAUGAUCAAGAAGUGUUUAGCUUUCACAAUGAUCGUUCAUCUUGUCAUGGUUUUGAAGAAGUUCUGGCAUGCUACAAAAGGAUUGCUCCAAACUUGCGACUCUCAGGGCCAACUUCGUAUGGACCAGUGAUUGAGGCUGCAAUCGACAUUGUGGAAAAAAGCAAAGGCCAGUAUCAUGUAUUACUCAUCAUUGCAGAUGGGCAGGUCACAAGAAGUGUCGACACAGGUAAUGGAGAACUGAGUCCACAAGAAGAGCAAACGAUCAAAGCAAUUGUUGACGCAAGUUCAUAUCCACUAUCGAUAAUUCUCGUUGGAGUCGGUGAUGGACCUUGGGAAGACAUGAAGAGAUUCGAUGACAAAAUCCCAGCACGUGAAUUUGACAAUUUUCAGUUCGUUAAUUUUACUGAAAUUAUGUCAAAAAAUGCGACUCUCUCCGAGAAAGAAACAGCUUUUGCUCUAGCUGCCCUGAUGGAGAUUCCCUUCCAGUAUAAAGCAGCCAUCGAGUUUGGUAUUAUCGGACGUGCCACGGGAAGAGCAAAGAAAAUUGUACCACGCCCUCCACCAGUUCCUUAUUCUCGUCGUCCAGUGCUGGAUCGUGAGCCAACCAAUGUUUCUUCUCCCGUCUUAGAUGAAAGAACCCAGGCGUGUCCUAUUUGCCUGACUAAUGGAAAGGACUUGGCCUUCGGCUGUGGGCACAUGACUUGUAGAGACUGCGGAUCAAGAGUAUCGAACUGUCCUAUAUGCCGCCGGCCAAUAAACAGCCGUAUCAGGCUGUUUGCUUAA